AUGUCUCAAACAAAAUCACAACAACAUGUUAAAAAGCCACCAUUCUAUAUGAAUUUAGUUGCAGGUGCAGUUGCAGGUGUUAUUGGUGCCUCAACAGUAUUUCCAAUUGAUAUGGUUAAAACAAGAUUACAAAAUCAAAAGAUCUCGGUUGAUGGUACAAAACAAUAUAAUGGUGUUUUAGACUGUUUUAGAAAAAUAAUUAAAGCCGAAGGUGGUAAAGGUUUAUAUAGGGGUUUAUCAGCAAAUUUAGUUGGUAUCAUUCCAGAAAAAGCAUUAAAGCUUGCUGUAAAUGAUUUACUUAGAACUAUGUUACAAGGUGAUAAUCCAACCAUUACAAUUCCACAAGAGGUAUUAGCUGGUGCUGGUGCUGGUUUUUGUCAAGUUGUUGCCACUAACCCAAUGGAAAUAGUUAAAAUUAAUAUGCAAGUUAGUGGAUUAAGUGGUAAAAAAGCAUCCUUAAAGGAAAUUGUUAGCGAAUUAGGUUUAAAGGGAUUAUAUAAAGGUACAGCUAGUACAUUGUUAAGAGAUGUACCAUUCUCUAUGGUUUAUUUCUCAAUGUAUGGUAGAAUAAAACAAAAUCUUACAAGCGAAAAUGGUGAGAUUGGUCUCGGUAGAAUUCUUUUGGCAGGUAUUACAGCAGGUACAUUCGCUGCAUCAGUUUCAACCCCAAUGGACGUAAUUAAAACUAGAAUUCAAGUUAAACCAAGACCAGGCGAACCAACAUAUACCGGCAUUAUGGAUUGUAUUAAUAAAACUUUAAAAAAUGAAGGCCCAAGGGCUUUUGCAAAAGGUUUAGUACCAAGAAUUUUAAUUAUCUCCCCAUUAUUUGGCAUCACUUUAGUUUGUUACGAAAUCCAAAAGAAAUUCUUUGCUCAUUAA